UGCCUGCUCGGCUGCUGGCGAUGCUUCGCCAACAAUUACCUUCACUGGGCAGCUACUUGCACAUGGCUCCUGCUUAACCUUCAAGGAUUCGUGGGACAAGGAAUGGGCUUCGCUGAACGAGAAUAUCUUGUGUGGUAUGUUCUCUUCAUCAUUUUCGUGCCAUACGCCAUGCUUCCGCUUCCCCUUAAGUGGUGCAUGAUAGCCGGAUCCGUGUCAGCCAUGUGCCACCUCAUCGUCAUGACUAUUGAGAAGUUUCACAAGAAUGUGAAUGAGGCCUGUCUUCUGAGACAACUAGGAGCAAAUUCUCUCCUGUAUCUCGCCAUCAAUUUUGCGGGAAUGUACACAAAGUACCUGACAGAUCGUGGCCAGAGACUUGCUUUUAUAGAAACACACAAGGCAAUGGAGCACAAGAAGGAAUCCGAAAAGGAGUAUCAGCGAACACAAAAACUUCUCGAUUCCAUUCUACCCAUGUUUGUCAACAAUGACAUAAGGAAGGAGAUGUACAAAGGUGCAGACGCCAAUGUUGAUGCCCAAUUUAAGAAGCUCUUUAUAUACUACAUGGAAAAUGUCAGCAUCCUCUUUGCCGAUAUCAAAGGAUUUACGGAACUCGCAAGUAGAACAUCAGCCCAACAACUUGUGAGAAUCCUCAAUGAUCUCUUUGCGAGAUUCGAUCGAAUAGCCGAGGAUAACCACUGCUUGAGAAUUAAACUGUUGGGAGAUUGCUACUACUGCGUCUCCAUGUUCGACAGCCAGAGCUGGAAGUCGCGGCCAGACCACGCUGUGUGCUCCGUCGAGGCAGGACUCCACAUGAUACGCGCCAUCAAGGAUGUCCGUCACAACACACAUGUGGACCUCAACAUGAGAAUAGGAAUCCACAGCGGAUCCGUGAUGUGUGGGGUGCUCGGCGACAAGAAAUGGCACUUUGAUGUGUGGUCCAAUGACGUCAUUAUCGCUAAUCACAUGGAAUCAGGCGGAAUACCUGGGCGAGUUCACAUUUCCGAAGCCACUCUCAAUUGCCUCAAUGAUGCAUAUGAAGUGGAACCCGGAGAUGGUGGCAGUCGCGACAAUCACUUGAAAAUGAUGAAUAUUAAAACGUUUUUAAUUAAGAGGACUGAGCCCUUGAGACCUCGCAAACGUCUGAUACACCGCGGGAGUGAGUUUCAAGAGCCACCACAGAGAUUCUCAGAGCACAAGCCCAGUGUUCAGGCCCAGAACUCCGUUACAAGUCGUCAGGACAGCAAAAGUGCUUCCAAGAGAAGCUCGCGAAAUACCAUACAUGAGGAUGAACCGACCACUGACUGGACACCGGAGAUUCCGUUCAAGAAUCUCGAUGGACGCGAUGGUCUCAAUCGCACAGACUCCGUAAUGGCCAGUGACUAUGUGAAGCAAGAAACAAGGAUAUCCCUGUCAGCCACGGAGGAGGUGGAUGAGUUCAUCGACCAGAACAUACAGAUAAACACGAACAAGCAGAUGCGACAGGAAUUCCUCUAUGGCUGGACAUUGAAGUUCAAGGAUAGUGCACAAGAAGGGAAGUUCUGCCAACUUCGCGAAGAUAUGUUCAGAUCAAACAUGCUCUGUGUCUUCGUGGUGUGGCUCUUUAUAGUAUUCUGUCAGGUGAUCAUCCUGCCCACUUGUGUGGUGCUUAUCAUUUGCCUCUCCAUUGCCACAUUCCUCAUGACUCUCGCUUGGAUUAUUGUCAUGGCUGAAGAAUUUCCCCGGCUUCCGAGUAUUCUACAGCGUAUUUCCGCCUCUCUUGUGCACCAUCGCAAUCGCCGGACAAUCUUCAUCUGCUUCAUCAUUGUCCUCAUGUCGGCGGUAAGUGCCAUCGGACUGGGAAUCUGUAAUCUCACCGAAUCCUCUGGUGAACCGGAAGUGAUGGCCUUCCAGCAGGCCCAGCCCACGCAAAUCCACCUCAAUGUCCUUCUCACCAUUCACCACAACAUUACAAUCAAUCCAGUUAUGGAAACACCUACAAUACCAACCAACUCCACAUCAUCCCACCAUUUAGUACCACGAGACAUCAGGAAGUCAUCGACAACAGGAAACUCCAUUUCCGACGGGACCUUUAAGGACAUCAAUGCCACUACAUUUGACACCAACACCACAGACGAUGACUCCACAAGCGAUGAUCUGGAUGACCCAUGUGCGCAUCCGGAGUACAUUGUCUUCACAUGGGUGCUUUGCCUGAUAGCCCUCGCCACCGCCCUCAAGCUCUACUAUCUCGUGAAGACUCUCAUGGCCAUCGGAAUGGUCACCUGUUACGCCAUCCUCAUACUCGUGGUCUUCUCCGAUGUGUUCAUAAUCAAGGACAUAAAGUACGAGCUAGAGCAUGUGGGAAUGCCUUUGCCAGCACAGAUGCUCAUAAUGUUGGGUGUCUUCUUUACCAUGGUGUGCUAUCACGCUCGCCUUGUCGAGGUGACAUCCAGACUGGAUUUCAUCUGGAAGGAGCAAGCGGAGAAGGAGCUCACGAAUAUGAAAUCCAAUCGUGUUCUCAAUGAUCUCCUCAUCAAAAACAUCCUUCCCGAUCACGUGGCAAGCUAUUAUCUCUCCGAGGAGCGUACCGAUGAACUUUACGCCCAAAUGCACAACCUUUGUGGUGUAAUGUUUGCCUCCAUUCCAAACUUCCAGGACUUCUAUUCUGAGGACAUUGAGAACGGAAAGGCGUGCAUAAGAAUUUUGAACGAAAUAAUCUGUGAUUUUGAUGCACUUCUCGAAGAGGAGCGUUUUGCAUCUGUUGAGAAAAUUAAGACUGUCGGCGCCACGUACAUGGCCGCCUCGGGACUCAAUCCCAAGUAUCAGAUCGAGCGCGGUGGCUCCGCAGAGGACAGCGUGUCGGAUCUCGUGGAGUUCGCCCUGGCCAUGCGACAGAAGCUGCAGGAGGUGAACAAGGACGCCUUCAACACCUUCCAACUGAGGGUGGGCAUCAGCAGUGGGCCAGUCGUGAGCGGAGUGAUUGGGGCUCGAAAGCCUGUGUACGAUAUUUGGGGCAACACCGUCAAUGUGGCGUCCAGGAUGGACUCCACGGGGGAGAACUGGAAAAUUCAAGUGCCAGAUUACACAGCUCAAAUUCUUCAGGCCAAAGGAUACACUUGCGUGGUGCGCGGAGAGAUAAACGUGAAGGGGAAGGGCAUUAUGCUGACACAUUGGGUGUUGGGACUCAAUGUGCCUGCCAGUCAAUUGAUGUCUCCCACUCCAAUGCCAGCGGGAAUCCCUCAGGCCCAGACGCCGUCACUGCAGCGUCAGACGUCGCAUCACAGCUCUCUCGCAGCCGUUGUCUUUGGCAUGAUGCAGGCCUCCAAGAGGAGCACCAUCAACAGUUCAACACGCUGGAGUCGUGCUAAAAAAUUAACUAUUUCAUCUAUAAUUGCGUACGUACACUUCGUUUUUACUCAUUUCCACUACACAAUUUCUUUUCAACACUCUUUUUCUCCAGCAAUUACACCCCUUCGAACCAUUUAUAAAUCCGAAUAUUGAUGAAAAAUGCGAGCAGCCCCAAAAAAUAUCUGAUUAACGCGCAUGAAAAGUACAACUUGUAAGAUAAUAUCUGCAGAAUAUUAGAAGAAUAGGUUUUUGAGAAUGAAGUUUGCACGAAAUAUCCCAUCAAUAUAUGAAAACAUCUCCAUUUGCACAUGUUUGAAUAAAGCAAUGUAACAUUUUCUCAACAAGUUGUGAAAUUUCACGUAAAUUCCUGAGUAACUUCCCUGAAUUUUUGCAUAAAUUUUUACUCAAACUGUACAUACACAAACAGAAAAAACUCCUCAAUUCUCACCAACAACGUGAACAUGUGACAAUUAAUCCGGAAAGAAGAUAUGCUGGUAAUGUCUUCCCAAAUAUUUGAAUGAUUUCAAGCAUGAAAUUCUCCAAUUUUUAGCUACUUAUUCAAAUAUUCACAGCCAGAAUGUUAAAAGCGUGCUUUUUCUCGCAACAGCCACCGCGACUCCCUCGCCCAAAACGAGAUUCGGUCGCCGGGGAAGCACCUUCAGCUCAGUGAGGGUGUCCCAGAGAGUUCCGUCUAAUCCCAUUCGGCGAAACACCACGC